AACAUCAGAGGAUGAAGAGCAGAGCAGAUCUGGAGGUUCAGUAGCAGCAGAAGAAGAGGGUGAUUUUGAUUACAAAGAUGAUGAAGCAAUCAACAAGAGCAACAAAGAGAAAAAGGAAGUUGCUGUCCAAAGGAAUAGCUUUGGCAGAGAAUGUCAACGUGUUAUCAAAGCUGAAUGUGGUUCUGUGUGGGAGUGACAGAACUUUAAAAUCCUCCACAUCAAACCUCAUCCUGAACCAGAGAGACAGCAGAUCAGAGCUCAGAGAGUGUGUGAAGCUGGAGGGGGAAGUUCAUGGACGUCUGAUCACUCUGGUGGAGCUUCCAGCUCUUACUCAGCUCUCAGAGAAGGAAGUGAUGCGUCAGACUCUGCGCUGUGUGUCUCUCUGUGAUCCUGGAGUUCAUGUGUUCCUCUUCAUUGUUUCUGAUGGUGCGCUUACUGAUGAAGACAAAACAGAAACAGAGGAGAUCCAGAAAAUAUUCAGCUCAAACAUCAACAACCACACCAUGGUCCUCAUAAUCCAGAAGUCAGAGAAUGAGACAGAGGAACUGAAUGAAGAAAUUAAGUCUGUCAUUGAGCGUUUUGGGGGAAGGCAUCAUUUCCUUGAGCCAAACCCAAAGCUGUCCAUGUUGGUGACUAAACUGGAGCAGAUGGUGGAAGAAAAUAGUAGAAUUUGUUUCUCCACAGAAACAUUUUUGGAUGCACAAAUAGAGAAAAUUGAAGGAAUGAGGAAGAAAGUAAUCUCAUUAGACACACAGACCCAGCAAAAAGAUUCAGUAGAGGCUUCAGAUGAAGUGAGGAUUGUCCUGCUGGGAAAAACUGGAGUUGGAAAGAGUGCAACUGGAAACACCAUUUUAGGAAAAAAAUGUUUUAAAGACGAUGUGUCACAAGAGUCAGUCACUAAAGAGUGCCAGAGAGAGACGGCUGAAAUCGAUGGCAGACAAAUUACUGUAAUUGACACUCCAGGACUGUUUGAUACUAAGUUCAGUCGAGAAGAGAUCCAGAGAGAAAUCACUGAGUGCAUCUCAAUGAUUCUGCCAGGACCGCAUGUGUUUCUCUUACUGAUACCAGUGAGCCGUUUCACUCAGGAGGAGGAAAACACUGUGAAGAUCAUUAAAGAGACUUUUGGUGAAAACUCCUUAAUGUACACCAUGGUGCUCUUCACCAGAGGAGAUGAUCUGAAGAAGAAGACCAUUGAAGAAUAUCUGGGAAAACCUGAUUCUGAUUUGAUGAAGCUCAUCGAACAGUGUGGAAAUAGAUACCAUGUGUUCAAUAAUAAUGAGACUGGAGACCGCAUGCAGGUGUCUGAACUACUGAAGAAAAUCAAUGACAUGGUGACAGCAAAUGGAGAUAGUUACUACACAUGUAAGAUGUUCAGACAGAUGGAAAGAGAAAAACAAGAAGCACAAAUGAAGAUGAUAAUGGAUGAAGUGGAGGAACUGAACCAAAAGAGAGAAGAACUCCUGGCCAAACAUGAAGAAGAGAAAGAGAGAAUGAAGAAGAUGAUGGAGGAAGAAAUAAAUAAUCAUGAUGCAGAGAAGAAGAGAAGAGAAGAAGAAUGUGAGAAAAAGAGGAAGAAAGAACAAAAUAUAUGGGAUGAAUCUUAUCAGAGACUCAAAGAAGAAAGAGAUGAAAUCAAAAGAGAGAAGGAGAAAAUAAAAAGAGAUAAAGAAUGUCUUCAAGACAAACUUGAAUCAGAAAUAGAAAAGAUGAAGAAGAUGAUGGAGGAAGAAGGGCAGAAUCAUGAUGCAGAGAGGAAGAGAAGAAAAGAUGAAUUAAGAAAGAAUGAAGAACAGUGCAAAACAGACAUGAAAAAUGAACAGGAGAAAUGGGAGAAAAAGAUACAAGAGGAAAAACAGAGGACAGAAGAAGAAUUUGAGAAAAGGAGGGAGAAAGAACAACAAAUGUGGAAUGAAAGUUACCAGAGACUUAAAGAAGAGAGAGAUGAAAUCAAAACAGAAAAAGCAGAUCUUCAGACCAAACAUGAAGUAGAAAUAAAAGAGAUGAAGUUAUUAGAACAACAGAAACAAGAUGAACUAAUGAGACUAAAAUCAGCAGACUAUGAAGAAGACAGAAGAAAAGACAUGGAGAACAUGAAAAUGUGCUGCUCCCAAACAGCCUCUUCUCUACAGAAAGAUGAAACUAGUCAAAUCCAAAAGGUUGGACCAAAAACCAAUGAACAACUCGAAGGACUCUAUGAUAGACUAGAUCUGACAAAAAGACGACAAGGUAAAAUGAAAACAGCCGACAUUCUGGAAAUCACCAGAUCAUCAUUUCAGUCUCAGGAACCACAGGAAGAGAAUGAACUUGUAAACUCAUUCCUACAAAAGCUGCUAAACAUGAACUACAGAGCAAGAUAUACUGUCAUAAAACACACAAAGAAAGAGGGUAAAGAAGACGGUGCAAAUUACAGCCCUGAUAUUCACCCAAUGGAUGUUCAGAUGGCCGUGUAUCAUUGGGCUGAUGGUUUCCUGAAGCAGAUGAUGGUGACUAAACUCUCACAGUGUCAGUAUGCACUGCCUCUGCUUGUUCCUGAUCCAUUCACACAACAGAUUGAGUUUCCUCUCUGGACAUUUAGACAAAUCAACAAGAGCUGGAAGAUGAAGAACAGCAACAAUGAGAUCAUCAGUCAAACCCAGCCGGUCUACAAGACUGAGACUCCAAUGGUGGCUUUCUUCAGGUUUGGCUCUGUAUCUUCAUCUAAGUCUCAGCUGAUGAACAGCCUCAUCAAUGAGAAACACAACACGUUCUUCCACAGGAACUGCUCAGGCGGCAGCAGAACCAGAUUACUGAUGGAUGGAGUGGUGGAGAUCGCCUGGUACUGUCCUGGGAAAAAGACAGACGCAUUUGAUGACUGUGUUGCUUUCUGUAAUCUUCAUGGUGAUGCAGGAGAGAAUGAGAAACAAUAUGACAUUUUGACCAGUAUGGCUUCAGUAAAUGUCCUCUUCUUACCUGAUUUUGGACAGAAGAACCACUACAAGUGUCUGGUGAGAUCACUCUUCAGGUCUCCUCAGCCUCUCCUUUGUCUGCUCACUGACAAUAACUGUGAUAAAACUGAGCUGGGGAAUGGAAAAUUCAUAAUUGGUCUUUUGGACAAAAACCAAUCUGAUAUAUCUAAUCAGAUUAGGGAGACUAUCAGGGAGAGUUUGACCAAGCAAAAAAAGAGCUUCAAGCUUGAAGAUGUGGCCGAACACACAGGAAUCAGAGUAGAUGAGGAUGAUCCAGAGUGUCAGAGAGGGAAACAGGCAGCAGAUCAGAUCAUGGGUUUACUGAGAGGAAAAGAUCCAUCAACAGUGAAAGAAACAAUCCUGCCCUGUCAGGGGAAACUGUGGCAUGACUGGUGUAAAAUGAACAAAGAGCUGCAUCAUCUACAAGGAGAAAAUCUAGAGGAAGAUAAAAGCACCAAACAGAUGAUUAUGAGAGAUAUAAGAGAAAAGCAAGUAACAAAGGGACUGAGUGAGUUUAUGAGGAAAUGUAUUGAAAUAAUGAAAUCACAGAGAGACAAUGAAAAAAACUAUUUCCUUAGAUGGAUGAUGAACCUGUUGAAUGACUUCACUUCAGAAAAGCUCUGUGGACUUCAUAAGGAGUAUCGCAAGAAAUGGCAAGAUGUCUUAUCAUUGAAAAAGAUGCCUGACAAUAUAGUUCAACUGCAGACUGAACAAACAAACCUGGAAAACAUAUCAGAGCAAAUUAAUAUGACAAGUUUUGGCUUGGAGCACAUCCUGAGAGAGUUUGGUCAGAUUUAUGAAUCAUGGUCAUCUGUGAAGAAGAUCAAGGAAGGUCUGCAGUUUGACUUCUGUUCUCUCCCACGUCUUGCAGCAGAGAUGAUGAUCUCGGGAUUUCCCAUGGAGCUGAUGGAUGGAGAUGCUUCUCAUAUUCCUCUCACCUGGGUCACUGCUGUUCUAGAUGAACUUGUUAAGAAACUGGGAGACCAGAAACUCUUUGUGCUGUCAAUAUUAGGGAUUCAGAGUUCUGGGAAAUCCACCAUGCUGAAUGCCAUGUUUGGACUCCAGUUUGCCGUCAGUGCUGGCAGGUGCACCAGAGGAGCUUUCAUGCAGCUGAUCAAAGUAUCAGAGGAGAUGAAAACAGAGCUGAAGUUUAACUAUAUUCUGGUUGUUGAUACUGAAGGACUUCGUGCACAAGAACUGGUUGGAAGGUCAACAACACAUCGUGACAAUGAAAUGGCCACAUUUGUUGUUGGUCUUGGAAAUAUGACCCUGAUCAAUAUAUUUGGAGAAAACCUAUCUGAGAUGCAGGACAUUCUUCAGAUUGUGGUUCAGGCUUUCCUGCGGAUGAAGAUGGUCAGACUGAAUCCAAGCUGCAUGUUUGUGCAUCAGAAUGUCUCAGAUAUUACAGCUGGAGAGAAAAACAUGGAGGGAAGGAGACGACUGCAGGACAAACUGGACAAUGUGACAGAACUCGCUGCUAUAGAAGAAGUCUGUGAUGCAGAAGGUUUCAGUGAUGUGAUUGCGUUUGAUAUCCAGAAUGAUGUGAAGUAUUUUGCUCAGGUCUGGGAGGGCAGCCCACCCAUGGCUCCACCAGACCCAAACUACUGCGAGAACAUUCUAGAACUGAAGGAAACUAUUCUAACACAUGCUUCAAAAUCAGACGGCAUAAUGCUGACCGACCUAAAAGCCCGCAUUCAAGAUCUCUGGGAGGCUUUGCUUAAUGAACAAUUUGUGUUCAGCUUCAAAAAUUCCCUGGAAAUCAUGACAUACAAGAAACUAGAGACUGAAUACAGCAAGUGGACCUGGAGUCUUCGAAGUGCCAUGCUGGAAAUCGAAAACAAGCUUCACAACAAAAUAGAAAAUGAAGAAAUUCAUAAUGCUGAGCAAAUUGACCUUCAAAGAGAACUAAAAGCAAAAAGUGAAGAAGUGAAAAAGACAAUGUCUGAUUUCUUUGAGAAAGACAGAGAUGCGGGUAUACUGAAUCAGUGGAAAGCUUCAUUUGAGAUAAAAAUCAAAGAGGUUCAAGAAAACAUUGUGAGGGAAACAAAGAGGAAGUUAAAUGGAGUUCUUCAGCAGCGUCACAUGAAGAAAAAGAUGGAUGCUGAGAGGACACAUCAUGAAAACACUCUCUUUGAAAACAGCAAAGAACUUGCCUUAAAGUUGAAAGGAAAAGCAAAUGAUGAAAAUGUCAUGAAAACACAGUUUGAUUCCUUUUGGAGACAACAGACGGCUGCGAUCAUCAGAGACACUCCUUUAGUCAAACAUAUUGACAUAUUAAGAGACAUGAAGAAUCUCCUCAGUGAGUCUUAUGAAAGUCUCCCUUUAGACCAUAUGAAAGAUAGCAGUAACUACAAAGAUAUGAUCUGUUUGCCAAGCUACUCAGAAUAUGUACAGUUAAAGAAAUCCGGGGGAUUUAAAGGAUAUUUAAAAAAUGUGUACAAAGGAGCUAAAGAGAAGCUUGGUUUACAUUAUACUUUAUCUGAAGAUGAUGAAAUCCAGAUAAGAGCCUUAAUCAGAGACAUUGCUGAGCAGACAGAUAAAAUGAUUCAGUCAUAUAACAUUGCAAAGAUGGGCUACAACAAUAGUUGCAUUCAACAACUGGUGGAUUGCAUAAAGACAAGAUUAACGCAGCAUGAAAAUGGGCCAAAAGUGAAAUAUGUGUUCAAGAGUGAAUUCUUCAUGGAUCUGGUACUUUGCAUAUGCCAUAAAACAAAUAAGACAUUCACAGAUCAAUACAAACUGUUCCGGGAAACCAAUGAUCCAGUUCUCUAUUUUAAUAGAAAGCGUGAAGAGUACUACAGCAUAUUCCAGAAAUACUGUCAAGGAGCAUCAUCAAAAACAAAAACUGCUAGAGAUUUAGCAGAUGAAAUGAGGACAAACUGUGAAUCUCUAAAUGGGAACCGAUCAAACCUGGAGAAACACAUCCUGAAAACACUGGCAGAAAAACAGGACUUCGGCGCAUACCUGACCUACAUUAACAAUCCCAAAGAACACUUCAAGAAUUUCAUCAGAGAUGAAGUCAGUCAGUACAUCACUGAAAGAUUUGAAGAUAGUGUUCGACCCAAGAUGGAAAACAGCAUUAAACUGCUGGAGCAACAGAUCACAGAAGCAGCACAUGAACCUGCCAAACAGGCUAAUGCUGAUUUGUGGUUGCAUCAUUUCACUCGACAGCUCUCUGGUGUGCUGGUAUUCUCUGUAAAUGACCUCACUGGAGUGAAUCAGGAUGAUGUUGAAGUCAGCUUCCUAGAAGAUGUGAUGAAGACAGAACUUCCUUCCAUAAUAACUGACAUAAUCAGUAAAUUCAGCACAGCAACUUUUCCAGUAAAGCUGGAACACAAAGACAGACCAGAUGAGAUUCUGAUUGUUCACUUCUGUCAUUGCUGUUGGGUUCAGUGUCCUUUCUGUGCAGCCAUCUGCACAAACACAAUAGAAAACCAUCCUGGAGAUCACAGUGUGCCUUUCCAUCGUAAUAAUGGAUUGAAUGGGUGGUUUUACAGAGGAACAACAAACCUAGCUAUCAACAUCUGCACAUCAGCAGUAACCAGUGAUCAAUCUUUUUAUCCAAAUAGCUCAGAUGAUGUCAAAGUCCCCUGGAAGGAAUACAGAAAAGGAGGUCCUAAAUAUGCUUCAUGGAGCAUCACCCCAGAUCUCUCUGAGCUGCCGUACUGGAAGUGGUUUGUGUGCAGAUUCCAAACAGAUCUGGAAAAUCACUAUAAAAAAACCUAUCAGAGGCAUGGCAAGAUCCCAGAUGAAUGGAGAAAAUACUCUCAAGAGGAAGCUAUUGAGAGUCUGAAUAAAUACAUUUAGGGAACAAUUAUCAAAUACUCUGAUACAAAGACAGUUGAAAUAAAUAUCUAUAUUACAGACUAUUCAGAGCCAUGUAGCUAUGAGAAAUGCAAUUUACUAUUACGACCAGAAGCAUGCUUGAAAGUUGAAUAUUGCACUUCAAGAUUCAUGAACAAGCCCACCUUUUCAAGCAGACUUGGUUUUGAGUUUAGAAGAAAACAUUCAUACCAAAUAAACCAAACUCUGCCCAGAAGUAGACUUACGUC